AUGGAGGAAAGACGGUGUCCGGUAUGCAAAAGCGACAUCUACUUGAAUCCAGACAUAGUAAUAUACAUAAGCCCCUGCUUCCACAGGAUGUGCGAGUCGUGUAUGUUUAGGAUAUUUAGUAGGGGUCAGGCACCAUGCCCGGAAUGUGGAACGAUACUAAGGAAGAUAAACUACAUUAAGCCAACCUUUGAAGAUAUAACAGUCGAGAAGGAAUGCAAGGUUCGGAGGAUUCUCCUAAGGGCCUUUGGGAGGGAGGAGGAGGAGUUUGGCGGAGACUCUGCAAAGUAUAACGACUAUCUCGAGAAGUUUGAAGAGCUUGUUUUUGAGGUUUUAGAGCUGAAGAAUGAGUCUCUUGUGAAGGAAAAAGUAAAGAAGAUACAAGAGAUGGGGCAGGAUUCUAUUCUUAAUCCCACUCCAAAGGUCAUGCCGGGCAAGACCAAGAAUGUUCUCCAAGGCAGAAAAAGACAGGGAUAUGGACUGGCCUCGGAAGACGGCAACAAAACGCAGAAAAUCGGCAUUAUUAGUGAUUACUUUGACCCAGAAGAGCUUCCAAGAAUAGUUGUGGAGCCUACCAAAAAAAUUUACUUACCAAAAGGAUUUCUCCAGCCCAACGCCCCUGGCGGAUUGUCAUACAACACCAUUGUAUCUCUUGCUAUCUCAUCGAUAGGUAACCCUAAUAUUUAG